AGCCCAGCCCUCCCUAGCAUCACCCCUUCCAUCCUAUUCCUCAGCCAAGAGCCAGGAAUCCCAAUUCCAGAUCCCACACUUCCCUGCCUGCCUCAGGUCCCAGCUCUUGCUCCUGCCUGUUUGCCUGGAAAUGGCCGUGCUUCUCCUCCUCUUUGGGGUGCUGGUGGUAAGCCCAGACGCUCUGGGGAGCACGACAGCUGUGCAGACACCCACCACCAGAGAGCCUGUUGUCUCUACUAGCGAGGCCCUGAGCUCAAAGAUGUACACCACUUCAAUAACAAGUGACCCUAAGGCCAACAGCACUGGGGACCAGACCUCAGCCCUACCUCCCUCAACUUCCGUCAAUGAGGGACCCCCUCUUUGGACUUCCAUUGGUGCCAGCACUGGUUCCCCUUUACCUGAGCCAACAACCUUCUGGGAAGUUUCCGUCAAGACGUCAUCAGUGCCCCAGGAAACCCUUCAUGCAACCAGUCAUCCUGCUGCUCCCAUAACAGCAAACUCUCCAGGAUCCCACACCGUGACAGGUGGAACCAUAACAACGAACUCUCUGGAAACCUCCAGUAGGACCAGUGAAGCCCCUGUUACCACGGCAGCUAGCUCUCUGGAGACCUCCAGAGGCACCUCUGGACCCCCUCUUACCAUGGCAACUGUCUCUCUGGAGACUUCCAAAGGCACCUCUGGACCCCCUGUUACCAUGGCAACCGACUCUCUGGAGACCUCCGCUGGGACCACUGGACCCCCUGUUACCAUGACAACUGGCUCUCUGGAGCCCUCCAGCGGGGCCAGUGGACCCCAGGUCUUUAGUGUAAAACUAUCCACGAUGAUGACUCCAACGACCUCCACCAACGCAAGCACUGUGCCCUUCCGGAACCCAGAUGAGAACUCACGAGGCAUGCUGCUGGUGGCCGUGCUUGUGGCCCUGCUGGCGGUCAUAGUCCUCGUGGCUCUGCUCCUGCUGUGGCGUCGGCGGCAGAAGCGGCGGACUGGGGCCCUGGUGCUGAGCAGAGGCGGCAAGCGUAACGGGGUGGUGGACGCCUGGGCUGGGCCAGCCCAGGUCCCUGAGGAGGGGGCCCUGACAGUGACCGUGGGAGGGUCUGGGGGCGACAAGGGCUCUGGGGUCCCCGAUGGGGAGGGGUCUGGCCGGCGACCCACACUCACCACUUUCUUUGGCAGACGGAAGUCUCGCCAGGGCUCCCUGGCGAUGGAGGAGCUGAAGUCUGGGUCAGGCUCCAGCCUCAAAGGGGAGGAGGAGCCGCUGGUGGCCAGCGAGGAUGGGGCUGUGGACGCCCCAGCUCCUGAUGAGCUCGAAGCGGGAGACGGGGCUGCCCCUUAAGUGCUGGUGAAUAGUGAGGCUGGAGGCCGGAAUCUCAGCCAGCGUGCAGCACCUUCCCUCUCACCAUCACACUGCCCCCUCGCUCCCACCUUUCCACCCGUCACCCCGAUCCUCACCCGAAUCUUUUCUUUUUCUUUUGAGACAGAGUUUCGCUUUGUCGCCCAGGCCGGAGUGCAAUGCACGAUCUCAGCUCACUGCAACUUCUGCCUCCUGAGUUCAAGCGAUUCUCCUGCCUCAGCUUCCCGAGUAACUGAGAUUACAGGCACCCACCACCAUGCCCAGCUGCUUUUUUGUAUUUUUGGUAGAGAUGGGGUUUCACCAUGUUGGCUAGGCUGGUCUCAAACUCCUGACCUCAGGUGAUCCACCUGCCUCGGCCUCCCAAAGUGCUGAGAUUAUAGACAUGAGCCACCGCACCUUGCCUCCUCACCCGCCUCUUCACUCUGAAUCCUCAUCAGGCUUCUCAGCCCUGGAUUUCCUGCUGGUAUCCUCACCCAGCACCCGCAACUAGCACCUGGGCAGGGCAGGGCUGGCACCUCUCGACGUCUGUGGACUGAAUGAAUAAACCCUCCUCAUCCACCCCU